AAGGCGUGCCAGGUAGUGUUGGUGGCAGCGGCGUUGUCCGGCCUCCUGAGCUCGCCCGCCUCCGCCAGGUUCAUCGACGACGAGUGCGUGGGCGCGAUGGGCAACCGGAACAUCUACGAGAAGGUGUCGCGCGUCUGCGACGACUGCAGCAACAUCUUCCGCCUUCCGAACGUGGGCGAGAGCUGUCGGAGAAACUGCUUCUACAACGAGGACUUCCUGUGGUGCAUCAUGGCCUCGGAGCGGCACGCGGAGGUGGAGCAGUUCAACAGGUGGAUCAGUAUCCUCAAAGCUGGCCGAAAAUAAGACGCACGUCAAGUAAUUCCCUGUCGUGUAUCCAGCAGCUUAAUACUAC